UCACGUUCAAGCAGCGGCACGCCGCCAGCUUUUGCAGCCAUUAUUGUUGUCAUCCUCAGACGGAGAGCGGGGCUGCAGGAGAGUAGCGCCGUAUCUCACUGCGCAGACAGUCAGCAGCCCUCAAGCUCUAAAUUCGCUCGCUUUCGGGACAGAAUCGCAGAGGCCUCGAGCCCGAGGGAAAAUGACGGAGCCAAGCGGCAGAUACCAGCCACUGACAGAUGAAGAGGAGCCAGGGGAGGGUGCCCCGGGGACCCCUGAUGCCCCGCCCCCCUACAGCAACAUCACAGCACCUGAUGCAGCUUAUUUUGAGUUCAAAGAAGAUGGGUCCUUCCCCAAGCCUCCCUCCUACCACGUGGCCACAUCACUCCCAUCCUACGAUGAGGCGGAGAGAACCAAAGCUGGAGCGAGCGUCCCGCUCGUCACUGCCAGGGUGUAAGACAGCGUGCGCUAGCCGGACUUGCCAGCGUCUCUCCCCCCCUGUACAGGAUGACGACUUUGCGGCCAGGGACGACUUCGAUGACGCCGACCAGCUGCGGAUAGGAAACGACGCCAUUUUCAUGCUGACUUUCUUCAUGGCAUUCCUCUUCAACUGGGUGGGCUUUUUCCUGUCCUUCUGUCUGACCACAUCAGCAGCAGGACGCUAUGGUGCCGUCUCUGGGUUCGGGCUGUCGCUCAUCAAGUGGAUCCUGAUCGUGAGGUUCUCCACGUACUUUCCCGGGUACUUUGACGGCCAGUAUUGGCUGUGGUGGGUGUUCCUGGUGCUCGGGCUCCUGCUCUUCCUCAGGGGAUUUAUCAACUACGCCAAGGUGCGGAAAAUGGCGGAUUCCUUCUCCACACUGCCCCGAACUAGAGUCCUUUUUAUCUACUAAAGGGAACAUGGAAGAAGCCGAGUCCACUAGGAAGCUAUGGAAAUCCUACAGCAACCUUCUGGAUCUCUCUGAGAUAGACCACUGAUUCCCAGAAGGAUCAGCGCUUCAAAUGUCAUUCCCCCCAUACUUUCUAUGUUUGUAGGUGGAAUAUUUUACUAGUGGAUGCUAAGAAUUCUAUUGAAUCGUUAGUGGCUAAUGUUAAGUGCUACUUGAAAACGAGUCUGUGAUGUACGAAUAAUGCCGUAUGAUCUUUAUACAAUUAGCAUGCAUUAUCCCUUUGUUGGCCAGUAGAGGGCGCAUGGUCUUUCUUUUCUGUCUUAAACUGCAUGUAAUCUGGUGACGCCGUUGCUCAGACGACUGAUGACGAGUCACAGCGGGGGCGGGGGUUGUCCUUGCUCCACACAGGGGUUUGCACUUUCCCGUGUUUUAAGGCUGUUGUCCUAAAGCACUUAUUUCUUAUACAAGUUGUAAAUUUUGAAAUGGCUCUUUCUAGGAACAGUUUGAAAUACAAUUUAAUUUUUUUUUUGGGUGAACUUAUUGCACAGAAGACUAUGAAGCGUGUGUGUGUGUGUGUAUGUGCGUGCAUAUUUUCAGCCGUCCGGAUGAAGCGGCUCGGCACCGGGCCAGGUCCGGGUGCGUGAGAUCCGCUCGCCUCAGGUACAGCGAGCGUGAUCAGGCCUGUCUGCAGAGUCGGACGCCCACAAGCUAGUGCUCGCUGGGGCAGAGACCGUGCAGCCGUCCUCUGAACUGGAGCAACUCCUCCCACUGGGCCGGACACCCCGGGCACCAAAAUCUUUGCGUACUUUUCUCACCUUUUAAUUAGAACAGAAGCUGCAAAACUCCUUUAAACAAAACGUGACAAGUAAAUUGCGUCUUGAAGGUGUUUGAUAUUUCAUUUCCAUUGUUCUGAUCUUGGGUGCCCUGUGUUUUACCUGUGAUGGGAGAGUGCCUUGUUUGUGAAGAGCACUGUCACUGUAAGAGUUAAAUGGUGAAACAAAACGUGAGCAAGACUGUAAAUACCGACAUCUGUAAUAAAUGUCACUUCUGUCUGUU